AUGAAGCUUAAAAUUGAUGGACGGCCCGCAUCAGUUUAUUGUCACAUGGGAAAUUUUGGAUGCGGAGACGGUGGAUGGACAACGGUCAUGAAAAUCGAUGGCGAUAAGGUGUAGGAUCAUUCAUCAUUUGAUUGUGUAUUUUUAUCGCCAGAAAGAGCAAGAAAAUCUUGAAAAAGACCGUUGACAGUGGAUGAAAAGCUUUAUUCUUUCUUUAGUUCUUACGUAAUCUUUUCACCUAAUCUUUCUCAGUAGAGUGUGAAAAUGUACAAAAACUAGGGAACAUAAUAGUCAGACACAGAGAAGUGAUGCCUUCAGCAGCUUGUAAAAAUCCGUAUAAUGCCUACUACAAACGACAUUAAAUAAUUUACUCUCAUAUCUGUUUCUUUGGUAGAAUACCUUCAGUUAUAGCUCGGGAUACUGGAGUGAUCGAAAUGAAUACAAAGCAAGAGGAGGUGAGACUGGGUUUGAUUCACAAGAAACAAAGCUACGCACUUACUGGAGCACACCUUUCAGAAAGAUAUGCCUCGGUAUGAAGAUCAACCAGCAAACCCAAUUCAUUGUCCUUAACCAGCAAGCAGACUCGUUGUACUCACUAAUCGCCGACGGACAGCAUCGCACCACCACGUUAGGUCGUAACACGUGGGCGUCGCUGAUC